AAGGGGCGGGCAGGGAAGAGGAGGAGGCGGUAGCAGCAGCAGCAGCGGCCGUGUUUAAUUUUUUAAUGAGGGCGCUUUGAGCAUCUCCCGGUGCGGGCGGCGAGGGGAGCCCUGGCCGAGCCACCCCCGCCGCCCGGGACCCGACCCCUGGAGCCGUGCGAGCCGUCGGGGCUCCAAGCUGGGCUUUGGAGAGCCGAGGAAGCGAGCCCGGAGCCGCGGGAAGCUGCGCGCUCCGCCAGCAUGGGCAGCGCGGAGGAGCCGGUUGCAGGCUGACUCAGGAUAUGACCAGUUCCAGCUACAACUGCAGUACAGAGUACAGAUACUGGAGCUCUCUUUAAACUGGCAAGCAGACAGGUACCUGAAGCAGUGUAGCCAUGGCAGCAGAGAGCUGCAAAGAAGCAACAGAGGUGAAAAUCCCACAGAGUCACCAAGAUGUGAGGCCCAAUGAUGAGCAGUAAUUACUGCAGCAACUCUUCAGCCAGAAUGAGCGUCAACGAAAUGUCUGCCUUCCCUCUGACAUUAGAGCAAAAAACUGGCUUUGCCUUUGUGGGGAUUUUGUGUGUUUUCUUGGGACUUCUAAUUAUCAGAUGCUUCAAAAUCUUGCUAGACCCCUACAGCAGUAUGCCUUCUUCUACGUGGGAGGAUGAAGUUGAGGGGUUGGAUAAAGGAACAUUUGAAUAUGCCCUUGCAUGAAAACUCACAGAAUACCCUGCCUUAAAUUUGAUGUUGAUUUCAUUUUGGAAACCAACUGUUCUUACAUUUGUUAUACAUACCUUCGUUUUGGAGAUACGUUGGUGGCGUCCAUUCUAUUAAAUAAAUAUUUGUUGCAAACUCAAAAGGUAUUUCAAGUUGCUUUUAUUUGAGGAACAGUGGAAUGGCAGAUAAGAAAUGGUUAACAGCAAAGAAAUACUACAAUAAACAAUUCACUAUGAAGUUAUCAUGG